AUGAGACGUCACUGUAUCCUGGGCCGAUUCAUGCUGGCAUUGUGCUUGCCCACAGAGACAGCCCGAGGUUCUGCAGAUGGCCUUGACUCAGGUGAGUCAUCAGCAAAGCCCCCUCAUCUGGCUAACAUCCCUGUCACAGAGAGGACAUUAACUGGAACCAACCGGCUGUGUGAUGACUCAAGACCUGUGAUCAGCUUUUGUUUCAUGCCCGGCCAGUUUAAUCAAAAGGCAAACGUGGAGGCAGGUGCAGCAUCUCAUUCCAGGUGGAACCACAGACAGUCGCAUGGGGCCAGACAGAGACGACGGCCUCCUGCACCCACUGCUGCUUCCUGUCCCGCCUCUGCUGUCCCAGUGGAGAUUAACAGAGCCAUCCCCUUAAGAAAACAGUCUUCCCAUGCAGCGCUGUCAGCUCAAAGUCCCUCAGCAGCUCUGAGAACACGUUGUGCUGUCAGUCUGUCUGAGGACGAAUCCCCGGGGACCGCCCGAAGACAAGAUGAGUGUGAGAUACGUGAUGAGUGCAAAGGUCAGGGAUCAUGGGGGCCUGCAGGGUUCAAACUUAAACUAGACGCCACAGAGUCAUGCAAACCGGCAGACGGCGGGAGAGCAACAUGUAAAAAUGUUUGAGGUCAUGUUGUUUCAUCCACGGACAAUAAAGCCAGAGCUGUUGAAUGAAAAUCUACUCUUUUGUGUAUCACGAUCAUGGAUAGAUUAUCCAGAUUAUGUAGAGACAAUGCUCCACCACUCCACCCCUCCUACAUAGCAACAAGAUACCCAGACUGAA